UAACUCUCUCUAGGUGUUUGUCCUCCUCUCUCUCUAUCCUCUCUCUGUGUCUUCUCUCUCUCUCACAUUCUGGAGUGGCAUUUGGAGCCAAUUGGGAAACAACAACAAUAGGGGGAAUGGGUUGCUUUCCUUGUUCUGGAAAAUCGAGCAAAAAUCUCAACAAGAAGCACAACGACAUACCCAAGGAUCGGAUCGCAUCAACAACUUCAGACAAAGUGAAGUUAAACUUAGCUGCAGACGUAAAGAAGGAGGCAUCUUUAAAGGAGGGCUCCAAAGAUGGAGGUUCUGAUCACAUUGCAGCACAUACAUUCACUUUUCGUGAAUUGGCUGCUGCAACAAAAAAUUUCCGGGCAGAUUGUCUUUUGGGAGAAGGAGGAUUUGGGCGAGUAUAUAAAGGGCGGCUGGAGAGUACUAAUCAGGUUGUAGCCAUCAAGCAACUUGACCGCAAUGGGCUCCAAGGGAACAGAGAAUUCCUUGUUGAAGUCUUAAUGUUGAGCCUCCUUCAUCAUCCUAAUCUGGUAAACUUAAUUGGUUAUUGUGCUGAUGGGGAACAGAGAUUAUUGGUCUAUGAGUACAUGCGACUUGGUUCAUUGGAAGACCAUCUGCAUGACCUCCCACCUGAUAGAAAAGGACUUGAUUGGAAUACACGAAUGAAGAUAGCCGCAGGUGCUGCAAAGGGAUUGGAGUAUUUGCAUGACAAAGCUAACCCUCCAGUUAUAUAUCGUGAUUUGAAAUGCUCCAAUAUUUUACUUGGUAAAGACUACCAUCCUAAACUGUCUGAUUUUGGCCUGGCCAAAUUGGGUCCUGUAGGGGAUAACACCCAUGUAUCCACUAGAGUGAUGGGAACCUAUGGAUAUUGUGCUCCUGAAUAUGCAAUGACUGGUCAGCUUACACUGAGAUCAGAUGUUUAUAGCUUUGGGGUUGUCCUCCUUGAGAUUAUCACCGGCAGAAGAGCUAUUGAGAAUUCAAGAGGGGCUGGAGAGCACAAUCUGGUUGCGUGGGCACGACCUUUGUUUACAGAUCGGAGGAAAUUCUCACUGAUGGCUGACCCUCUUCUCCAAGGCCAAUAUCCUGUGAGGGGCCUGUACCAAGUUCUUGCUGUUGCUGCAAUGUGUGUUCAGGAAGAGCCUACCAUGAGACCUCUUAUAGCUGAUGUCGUAACUGCUCUUUCUUACCUUGCUUCCCAAAAGUAUAAUCCAGAAACCCAGCCGGUCCAGAACUCUCGCUCAGGCUCUUCCACUCCUAGAUCCCGAAGAGAACAAUGAAGAAUUUGGGGUUCAAAGCCUUAAAAUUAGACAAAGACAGGUACAAUCCCUUUGAAGCCCAUGGGAGAAAUGGUGCAUGUGCUAGUAGCUAGGUGGAGUACCAUUUUCAGGGUGUCUACUCCGAAUGGGAUUUGUGUGAUUCAUAGGUAACUGGAUGGAUGCUCAGUAUUACACAACUGUUGGCAACGACUACGGAGGUGCCUGUUUAUCAAAUUUUGCAUCUCUCCAGGUAGCAAGCAGAAAACUUUUUCUAAGGGAUCUUUUUUCCUAUAUUUCUUUUUGGGGCGUUUAUUUUUCAUUUCACUUUCCCUUGCUCCACCCAUUUUACAUUAGAGCCUGAGGCCUUGUAUUCAAAAGAAGCUGGUCUUUCUUGAAGUGGUGCUGUUUGUAAAAAAUUUUUUGCCUUCAUUAAUAAUAGUGCAGGAUGAUGUGAGAAAGGUCAUAUUCACUGCUUUA